AUGAGGGAAUAAUUGGAUUUGCUUCUUUUUCCAAUUGAAAUAGUAGUGUUUUGUGGUUUAGCUUUCGGAAUAUUCAAGUUAAAGAAGAAAUUUCCAAAUUUACUGUUCCCAUGUCAUGGCGUAACUCUAUAUUUAUCACCUGAUGGAGAAGAUCUCAAGGAGAGUAAAGAUAAGAAAAUAAAGACUUUGGUUUAAAUAAAAACGAUGCCAAGUUAAGCAUAACAUUUUUAAUAAGUCCCUUUUUCUAAUGACAUGGAAAUUACAAUGUUAUUCAUCUAUAUGUUACUUGCAUAAUUUUCGAUAGUCGAGACAAUGAAAAUGAUUGGUUCAGCUUUGGGAUAUUAUGUUAUCGACAGCGGAAUGCUCUUUUAUUUUGAUGGUAUCAUAGUCAUGAUGAUUAUAAGAAACAUUUUCAAAGCAGCUACGAUUGGAGGCUAUGAUUCUUAAUAAACAAAGAUGUCUAUUGUAAUUUGUAUUAUCUCUAUUGUGAUUACAAUCUUUAUAAAUUUGGGAUUUAAAGAUUUCUUAAAUAUUAACAUGAGACACGAAUUUUAAAGGUAAGCUGUUCAUCUUGAAAUUGUACUUCGAACUCUUAUUUAACCAGGAGUCUGGUCAUUUAUGGGGUAAUUUGGAGAUAUGUUUGUAAUCGUAUUGGCUCUGAUGGUUUCAAUCAUAAUAUUUUGCAUAUUACCUAUUCUAAUCAGAUUUGGCAAUUGUUUCACUGAAUUAAAGAAUAGUUUAAUCACAGACAAAUCAUAAUCAAAGUUUUUUUACUUAGUUGCUAGUUAAUUAAUUGCACAUAUAUUUUAUGUAGCUCUGUACAUUAAACCUUUAAUUUAAAACUUGAAUUAUGUAUUUCAUUUCCAAUUUUUGGCUAUCUUAGUGAUUACCAUUUUAUAAAUGAUGACAUUCAAAAUGGAGAUGGAUAAACAUAUGGCUAAAGGUUAUGAUUGGAUUAUGAUACUAAAAGAUUAACCAGAAUAAUAAGAUUAUGUAAAGAGAAGGGUUGAGGGAUUGCUAAGAGGAUUUGUAAUUGUGGCAUAUCAAUUAUUAUCUAGAAUAGCUAUCCCAUUUUUAUUAUAUAUGAUCCUGUUAUUGAAAAACUCCUAAAUUCCAGAGACAAAUGUUAGGUAUAACUAUCUCCCAGCCAAUUAUGAUGUGAAUGAAUAGUAUUGUGUUAAAGAAAACAUUGUUAUGAUGGACUUUUUAUUCGAAGACAAGGAUGAUCCUGUUGAAGAUGUGAAUUCAGAUCCAUCUAAGAUAAUCAUGAAAAGGAUCACCAAAUACGGGAUCUUCACUAAGUCAUUCAUUUAUACAUUUAUAGAAUUCAUUCUUUUCAAUUAUUAUUUUAUUAGCUUCGUGUUAUCUGUAUUUUAUAUAUUCUUCCUCAAUAAAACUCAAUCAGUGAAGUAAACUCAAAAGAAGAAAAAGCAAUGA